CCUAAAUAAUCAAUCUUUUCUCUCUCAAGAAACAGUCAAAAUAAUAUGGCUUCUUACGUCUACUUGGUACGCCCCCCACACGCGUCCCCGCUUCCCGGCGGCGGCCUUAUAGGCAUAAAGAUGGCCUACAAAUCUGAGGCAGCUGCCGCCGCCGGCGGCGACCCUAUCAUCCAAUAUGCUACAGAACAGUUCGAUCACAGCCGCAUUUUGGCUUCGUACGAGGACGCGUUUGCCUUUGUCUCCGGCGUACUCGUCCAUCACUUUGGCUUGGACCCAGCACAGAUUCACCGCGAACUCACCCACCGUUUGGUCCGAUGCGCUUUGAACAGUGCUUAUGUCCUGCCCGAUGCCCGAGCCGGGUUUUUUGUCUCUGUCGAUUUAGAAACAGUGUACUUUGAUGAUGACAGUGGUGAUUUCGGUGGGCCCGUGGGACUGUCGGAGAACGAUGUUCGGAUGUUGAAGUCGGAAAAGUGGGAAGGCGGGAGUUGCGAGGAGGAGUUGUGUGCGGUGUGUCUGGCAGAACUUGUGGGAGGAGAAGGGAUCAUUCGCCUGGAGCCUUGCUGUUCCCAUGUAUUCCACAAAGAUUGUAUUCUUGUCUGGUUGAGGAAGAACCAAACCUGUCCUCUGUGCCGUAGGGUUGUUGUGGUCGGCAACAACAACAACCUGAGAGAUGAUGACGAGAGGAGCAGCGCAGUCCCAUUGUUGCCGCAUCUUCUGUAUGGUCGCAGCCCGUCGCCGCCAGUUGAUUUCACAUCUUUCUUGCCACAUAACAUGCAUAGAAGUGGCGGUCCUGUUUGAAUUUUACAUGUUUAUUCUAUACAUAGAAUCAUCUCUAUCAGCAGUCAGUCAAUUGUUAUUCUAAUACAUGUUUUCAUUCUUCAGAUUGUUUGAAAUUUAAACAUGGUGAUUGUGUGUGUUCGUGGUUAUAAUAUACUAUGAGUACGUUU